GCCUCAGAGGUGUGUCCCCGUUUAUUAAAUAUGCAACGGCAGCCAGCAGAGAAAUGUGGAGGUUUGAUUCCGUGGAGGAGGGGGGGUAGAGUCAGCACGGGCCAAAUAAACGCUCUUGACAGCAUGAAGAACCGAGAAAUGAAGUUCAUCAAUCAAGGCCUGGAGGAUGAGAUGGAGGUGUGGGGUUACCGGCCCUGUCUGUGGAAAAUAAUCCUGGUAGGUGUUGGUGCCGUUUGCUCCGGUGGUCUGCUGCUCCUGCUGCUCUACUGGAUUCCCGAGUGGGGGGUCAAAGCCACGUGCACACGAAGUUCACUGAGGGAAGCACACACACUGCUACUCAGGACAACGGAUGACUUCAGGCAGUGGGUUCGUGCCAAAAUACACAUGAUGCUGGCUCCAGGGAAGACCCCCUUUGAUAGUGUGGAUCAUCAGUCCACAGCUCCUUUUCAGAAUGGACACCGCCACCAAAGCCUCAUUGGUGAACUUAAGGAUCAGAAUGGGAAUUUCAACUACAGAGAAUCCGUUAACAUUGUGCACUUCUUUACCCACAACAGUAUCAAAUACUACUGGAAUGAAGGCACACAGGACUUUGAAACAUUUAAGGGCUUGGAGGACACAAAGGUGAGCUGUGGAGGCAUUCACAGAGACCACAGCGAUGGACUCACUAAAACCAUACAGGACUACAGAGCUUUGUUUUUUGGGAAGAAUGACAUUGAUGUAAAAGUGCCAUCUUUAUUCAAACUCUUUGUAAAAGAGGUCUUGAACCCGUAUUACAUCUUCCAGCUCUUCGCUAUUAUUCUGUGGGGUGUUCAGGAAUACAUCAAUUAUUCUCUGACCAUGUUGAUUUUAUCUUCAAUUUUAAUAGCUGCCUCUCUGUAUUCCAUAAGAAAGCAUUAUGUGAAACUGCAUAAUUUGGUGGUCGCCCACAGUUUGGUACAAGUUUCAGUGUGCAGAAGAAAUAAAGAUGUCGAACAGGUCAUGUCGACUGAGCUUGUACCCGGUGAUGUCAUCACUAUUCCAGCCAAUGGGAUCAUCAUGCCCUGUGACGCUGUGCUCAUCUGUGGCACCUGCAUUGUCAACGAGAGCAUCUUGACAGGAGAGAGUGUCCCUGUUACUAAGACCAGUUUGCCAAGUUCAGGCGAUGACGCAGAGAGGAUCUACAAUACAGAGGAACAGAAGCGACACACCCUCUUCUGCGGCUCACAUGUUAUCCAAAGCCAUUACUAUGCUGGCGCGCUGGCGAAGGUGGUCGUGGUCAGAACAGGCUUCAGUACAGAAAAAGGCCAGCUUGUGCGCUCCAUCCUUCACCCUAAACCCACCAACUUCAAACUGCACCGUGAUGCUACGCAGAGCCUGAUGUGCUUGGGGAUGUUGGCAUUUCUUGGUUUCAUCUACACCAUCGUUGUUGAUGUCGUAUUGGGGGUUCCUAUUACGUACCUCAUCUUCGACGCUCUGAACAUCGUUGUUGUUGCUGUACCUCCGAUCUUACCCGUGGCCUUGACGGCCGGUCUGAUGCACGCACAGCGGCGCAUGAAGCGAGUCGGCAUUUUUUGUAUCAGUCCGCAAAGGAUCAACAUUUCCGGUCAGCUGAACCUGGUCUGCUUUGACAAGACUGGCACGCUCACUGAAGACUAUUUGGACCUAUGGUGUAUUCAGAGAGCUGAAGAUGGCAUUUUUUUAGCUCCAGCCGCUGAGGUAUCUAAAAAGACUUGUUUUGCCGCCUGCAUGGCUACUUGCCAUUCCUUGAUCACCAUAGAAGGCAAACUCUGUGGAGACCCUUUAGAGGUCAAGGUGUUCAGCGCCACUGGCUCGAUUCUUGAGGAGGCAACUGAAUACCACACUGCACUUUACAAUGCCAGAAUUUCCACUGUUGUUCAAUUUCCAGAUCAGGCUGGUGAGUUUGGCAUUGUGCACCAGUUCCCCUUCUCCUCGGCGCUGCAGAGGAUGAGUGUGGUAGCCCGGCAGCUAGGACAAAAUCACUUUGACAUCUACCUGAAAGGAGCACCAGAGACUGUGGCUAACCUCUGCAAACCACACACAGUCCCACAGAGUUUCACAGAGACUCUGGAGACUUAUACCAGGCAGGGGUUCAGGGUUAUCGCCCUGGCACAUCGCCAACUGCAGUCUGAACUCUCCCUGCCUGAAGUCCAGAUCAUCUGCCGAGAGCAGAUAGAGACCAACAUGGACUUCCUUGGUUUGAUCAUCAUGCAGAACAAAAUCAAAGAAGAGACUGCUGGCGUGUUGCUUGAGUUACGACAGGCGAACAUUCGAACUUUGAUGGUUACAGGUGACAACAUGUUGACAGCAAUAUCGGUGGCUCACGGCUGUGGAAUGAUUCAAGUACGUGAGAAAGUCAUAAUUGCCGAUGCUGUGCCUCCUAAUGAUCAAAACCCCGCUAGUAUCACAUGGCGCUACUCUGAGAACAUUGAUCUGGAAAAUAAUCAGACGACUGAGAUCAGCAUUGCAGGUGAUGGGGUGCACAGUGUGGAGGACCCGGACUAUCACUUUGCUGUGAGUGGCCGAGCCUUCGCUAUCAUCACUGAGCACUUUCCACAACUUUUCCAGAAGCUCCUCCUGAGAGCCACUGUGUUCGCCCGCAUGACUCCAGACCAGAAGACUCAGCUGGUGCAAGCUCUGCAGAGCAUGGAUUACACUGUUGGGAUGUGUGGGGAUGGUGCGAAUGACUGUGGGGCCCUGAAGAAAGCUCACAGUGGGAUCUCUCUCUCUGAGCUGGAGGCCUCUGUUGCUUCCCCCUUCACCUCCUCCAUCCCAAACAUCUCCUGCAUUACCAACCUCAUCAGGGAAGGCCGUGCUUCUCUUAUGACAACUUUCUGCGUGUUCAAAUUCAUAUACCUCUUCAGCCUCAUCAUGUUCUGCAGCGUCAUUCUGCUCUACUUGGUUCUCAGCAAUUUCGGAGACUGGCAGUACCUCUUAACUGACACUGUGAUGCUUUCUGUAGUAAUUUUUACAAUGAGUUUGAACCCUGCACGGAAGAAGCUGGUACGACGUGCCCCCCCGACCAGUCUGAUGUCCGGGCUGGUGCUCUCCUCAGUUUUGUUUCAGAUCCUAAACAGCCUACUCUUUCAGAUUUUUACUUUCGUCUUAGUGCAACAACAAAGUUGGUAUCGGACUCCUGAGGAAAUGAAACGCAAUGAGUCCAGCUUCAUUGACACAUACAGCCUCAAUCAAACUGAAGCUGAAGGCCUCUAUAUCAUCAAGAGCUUUGAAAGCACUUCCCUCUUCUACGUUUCUGCCUUCCAGUAUUUGAUUGUCGCUGUUGUCUUCUCCAAAGGAAAACCCUUUAGACAACCAAGCUAUAAAAACUGGUCAUUUGUGUUGACCUGCGCUAUUCUAUAUGCUUUCCUCCUGUUCAUCAUGCUGUAUCCCAUUCCUGCUGUAGAUGAGUUGAUGGAGUUUGCAACCAUUCCCUACGACUGGCGCAUUACGCUGCUCAUCAUUAUUUUGGCACAUGCUGUUCUGUCUCUUAUACUGGAGAAUUUGAUCCUUGACACUUUGUGGAAGUUUGUUCCAACCAAUCCGGGUGUAAAGUGGACCACCACAUCCCAAACUGCUAACACAACACAGAUGGUGAAUGACUGUUGGUGCUCGGCCUUCCUCUCCAGGAUCUUCUUUCGUAAAAACCGGCCCCCGAAGACGAAAUACAAGUGUCUGACUCUGAAGCUGCAGGAGGAGGUUGACUGGCCUCCUGUACCUUCCACCAUCACCUAUGCCAGCAGGCCUCAGUACCACAUAUCUGUCCCAUUUUGACACUAAUAAUCAUGAUAGUGGCCUCCCAUCUUAUAGAUGCCGUGUCUCAUCUGGUGCUUCGUUCACUUGAACAAACAAAUGAUGGAUGGAUGGAUGGAUGGAUGUAAGUAUGAAUGGUUAUUUAUCUCCAUGGGGAAAUUCAUGCCUUCCCCUGUCCUAAAUAUAUAACAGAUGGUUGCCUCUCGGUUGCAACAGAGAGACUGGGAGAGUCACAGAAAGGCAUAGAAGUGGAUGUCCAUGGAAAUGGAUUGUUCCCUUGCUGGAUCGAACACCUAAUGUGAAUUUUGUCAUUGAGCUGAUUGUAUGUGAGAGAGAGAGAACAGCAAGUUGGACAAAAAGUAUUGAAACAUUUUACAGUUCCAAUUCGGUUAAACUCUAAAGGUGCAUUUUAGGUUGAUCCGGAAAUUUCACCCAGAAGCCGAAUAUGACUGAUUUUCUGUGAGUGUCCACUCUGCAGUUUUUAUACACAUUUGAAGAAGCCCAAUUCAGAUCUAAGCAUAAAAAGAUUACAUUUUUGAGACAUACCCGAAUUGGGCCACUUGGAGUCGUUGUUGUUUUUUUAAAAAUUAUUUAUUUCAUAAUUUAUUUUGACACUUUUGACACUUGAACCAUGAAGUGUAAAUCCACACAAACUGUGCUGCGUCACUGAUUGAACAAAAAGUAAAAAGGAGAUUAAAAGGACACCUGAAGUAAAACUUACUGUAAAGUGACGUAGUCACACAUUCCAUUUCUUUGUAACACUGAUAAAUACAAAUUCUCAGUCAACCAAUCAUAGGGUGAAAGUGUGUCUGUCUCCGUCAUUACACAAACAUUGUGCAAAUAAAGGGGCUCUCAAUUACAAUACUACAUUCUUCCAAUACAUGCUGCAUGUAGAAAACAUUUUAUUAAUAAAAAAAAAAUCACUAGUAGUCCACAUGCACAAAUUCUAUCCUAAUGUUACUUUAUUUAUCUACAAGAUAACACAUACUUGGCGGCACGAUGGACGACUGGUUAGAGCAUCAGCCUCACAGUUCUGAGGACCGGGCUUCAAUCCCCGGCCCCGCCUGUGUGGAGUUUGCAUGUUCUCCCCGUGCCUGCGUGAGUAUUCUCCGGGCACUCCGGUUUCCUCCCACAUCCCAAAAACAUGCAUGAAUUGGAGACUCUAAAUUGCCCGUAGGUGUGAAUGUGAGUGCGAAUGGUUGUUUGUUUUUUGUAUGUGCCCUAAGAUUGGCUGGCAACCAGUUCAGGGUGUACCCCGCCUCCUGCCCGAAGAUAGCUGGGAUAGGCUCCAGCACGCCCGCGACCCUUGUGAGGAUAAGCGGCUCAGAAAAUGGAUGGAUGGAUAAAUAACACAUACUUGCAUUUAAUUAUUUGUUAACUGAGAUGCAGCUGUAAGAAGAAGUAUGCGUACCCUUUGGAAUUACAAGGAUUUCUGCAUAAAAUGUUGAGAAAAUAUGAUCCGUUUGAAAGGAGCACACAAUGCUAUGUUUGGAGAAAAGAAGCUGGAAGGGGCAUCAUGGCUUUGGACUGUUUUGUUAGCUCAGGGCCUGGACGCAUUGCUAUCAUCAACAUGGAAAGGAAUUUCCCAUAUUGAUCAAGACAUUUUGCAGGAGAACUUAAGACCAUCUGUCUGCAAAUUAAAGUUGCUGUAAAUAGAAGAUGGUAUGAACGUAGCAGGACAAUGACCGAAAAGACAGAAGUAAAUCAACAAUUGAGGGGCUGCAACAGAAGAAAAUCGUCAAAGUCCUGACCUGAACUCGAUUGGGAUGCUGUGGCAUGACCUCAAGUCACACCAGACAUCCCAAGAGUGUUGCUGAACUUAAACAGUUUAGUGAAGAGGAAAAGUUCACAUACUUUUUCCACCCUGCUCCAUGAAAUGUACAUGUUGUGUUCAGUAAGAACAUGGAAAUGUGAAUUUUUCCCCCCAAUUUUUUUUAUACAUAUAUAAAAAAAAAUGUUUUAUUUUUGUUUGUUUGUUUGUGUUUGUUUUUUGAUUUAUCCCUGCUUAUGCAAGA